AUGAUUCUCAGGCAAGGAUUACUGGUAUUUCUCCUUCAUCGUCUGGUCACCUCCCUCGAAUGUUUUAAAAACACCCCUUCUUUCGAUUAUCAAGUACAAUAUUGUGAUUCCCGGCAGUUCCCGUUCUGUUUGAAGGCCGACAGUUAUGAUGGCAGAGUCUACAGGAAUUGCGCAUCUUUGGAGCAAUGUCCGCAGGUAAGCAACUUGCACAUGAGAGGUCAAAAAUUUAUUCCAAAAGUGGGAUUGUAAUCUGUUGACAUAAAAAUAUAUUUUGGAGAGAUCCUGAAGAUGCGACUCUCAGAUUUUAUGAAAUUUUGCUGAAAUUCUUUAUAUAGGCCGCAUUUCAAUUCCUGAAAAUCUUAGCUUCCGUUGUCAUGGGAGUCCCGCGAUAUUCGAAAAAAUUUUCUUGGUGAGGGACUACAGAAAACGCGGAGAGAUGGUUAGAAAAAAUAUAUUUUAAAGCCAUAAAAUUUCUGAGUUCUUAGGAAGAAAUUGAUUUUUGCUAUAAAAAGUUCAACCAGUUUCAUUUACCAAGGUUUUUAAGUAAAUGAAAAUUGGAAAAAACAUGAUCCCCAUGCCACGUGUAAUCUCACUUUAAAAUUUUGGCCCCGUCGGUGACAUUUUUUUAUUUUCAGUUGUUUAGACAAUAAGCUAAAUUUUGCAGGGUAUUGGCUGUGCUCCGAUAACAUACGACGAGGAUGGUACCACAGAUUAUGUGUGCUGUUGUGCCAAUGAUAUUUGUAAUUCCUCGUGGACCUCGCCUCUCUCGUUUUACACACUCUUUCUCUCAAUUUCAAUAUACUUCUAUUACAUAUACAAUCAAUAA